AUGGUGACUCAACCCCUCCAUCCCUUCGACCCCUCUCUCCCGGAGGAGAUCAAGCUCGCCGUCCGCAUUCUCGAGGCGACCUUCCCAGGAGUGGAACUGCGUUAUAAGCGGAUUGAUGUGAACGAGCCUAUUAAGAAAGAUGUCCUGCCAUACAUUGAGGCCGAGCGCCUACGACGACCUCUCCCCUCUCCACCGGCCCGUCUCCUCUACACCCUCUUUCACCGUCUCGACACUGGCGCAUUUUACAAGGCUGUCUUGAACGCCGAUAAGCGGACCAUUGUAUAUGCCAAGGAACUUCCACGCGAGGUACAGGGCCCCAUUGACCCCGACGAAAUUACGGAGAUCGAAGAGCUUUGCAUGAGACACCCCGCGGUUCUCGCCGAAAUUGAAAAAUUGCAAUUGCCCGCCGGGGUGACAGUUUGCAACGACCCCUGGAUGUAUGGAACAGAUAAUGAGACCGAGUCACGGCGGCUCUUCCAAUGCUUCAUGUACUUGGUCGAGGUGGAUCACCCUCAGAAUAACCAUUACUCUCUGCCGUGCAAGUUCUCCCCGGUGUUUGACGGUCUCACUCACGAAUUGGUCCGCAUGGACUAUCUUCCUGGUGGCCCGGAUUCUGAAAUUACUCAAACACAGCCCUGGAAGCCUGUCAAAGCUAUCCAAUAUACCCACGAUCUGUUGGAUGAACCUGUCAGAACGGACCUGAAACCGUACAUUGUUCAGCAGCCAGAAGGCCCCUCGUACACAUCAGAUGGAAACUCAAUCUAUUGGCAGAAGUGGCGCUUUCGUCUCGGUUUUAACAUUCGAGAGGGCCUUGUCCUCUAUAACAUUACAUAUGAUAACCGCAAUGUCUUUUACCGUCUUGCUGUUUCGGAGAUGACUGUGCCAUAUGGAGAUCCUCGUGCUCCAUACCACCGAAAGCAAGCAUUUGAUGUUGGUGACACGGGCUUUGGCAUGAAUGCUAAUCAAUUGUCUCUCGGAUGUGAUUGCCUGGGCCACAUCAAAUACUUUGAUGGCUACCGAAAUGACUGCAAGGGCAACCCAGUUCAAUUAAAGAACGUGAUCUGCAUGCAUGAACAGGAUAAUGGCCUACAGCACAAGCACACUAACUAUCGGACCGGUGCUGCUACCGUCGUGCGUAACCGUCAAUUAGUUCUCCAAAUGAUCUGCACGGUUGCCAAUUAUGAAUACAUCUUCGCAUACAUCUUCGACCAGGCAGGAAACGUUGAACUUGAGGUCCGCGCCACCGGAAUUCUAUCAACUGUUCCAUUUGACAAUGAGAAUGGCCAGACUGUCCCCUGGGGCACGAAUGUAGGCCCUGGCGUGAUGGCUCCAUUUCAUCAACACAUGUUCUCAUUUCGCAUCGACCCUGCCAUUGAUGGUUUCAAAAAUACUGUUUAUUAUGAAGAUAGUGUACCUAUGCCUGAAGAUGAUAGCAACCCAUGGCUUGUUGGCUACACUACUGAGUCUACAGUUAUGAACAAGGCUAGCACGGCAAACACCAGUGUUGACCGUAACCGCGUGUUCAAAAUCCGCAACGAUUCAAUUAAUAACCCCAUCACAUAUAAACCAGUGGCCUACAAGCUCCAGACUGCGCCAAGCCAGAUGCUUCUUGUGAACAAGAACGCCCUCGGCUACCGCCGAGCUGAGUUCGCUACCAAGCCUAUCUGGAUAACCAAAUAUAAGGACGACGAACUCUACGCCGCUGGCGAGUUCACGAACCAAAGUCGUCGUGCCGAGGGUGUCGAGACUUGGGUCCAGCGCAAGGAUAACACCGAGAACGAGGACGUUGUUCUCUGGCACACCUUCGGUCUAACUCAUAACCCCCGCAUCGAAGACUUCCCCGUCAUGCCCAUGGAGCGUGUUAGUGUUAUGCUGAAACCCGAUGGGUUCUUCACCAAGAAUCCUGCUUUGGAUGUCCCUCAAUCUGCUCAAACCUUCAACAAGUCCACUCUCCACCCGGAGGUCACCGGUGCUUGCUGCGCUCCCUCUGCCGGAUCUGGAUCUGGUAAGGCGAAGCUGUAUAAACGCAUUGAUUGA